AGAAGGAGGAGGGAGUCCACCUCGCAAACUCUCUACUGUAGCCUCAGCUAGCUGUCUUAAUUCAGCCACACACCACCGGCUAUGUAGUCUGUCCAGCCUGUCCCCACACACCGAAGACAAGCCGGAUAUUUCAGCGAUUUAAACCAACUAACCGGGAUACUUUGACCUCACGGCUCUGUUGAACAUUUGCGCCCCACAACAGCAACAACAACAACAGCUGGCUAACAAGCUAACAGGCGGUUAGCAUUAGCAACCAACCGCCGCACAGCUGUCAUCCCGGAAGGCCGCCGCCGCCGCCGCACCGGGUGGGGAUUUAACUUUCUCUCUCCGUGUCUGGACUGAACCCACACUAAGUCGCUAGCAAAUGAUAAAUAACCAUUUAUCACAUAUCGGUAAGAAUGGAGUCCUCUUUGGGGAUAUGCGACGAGGAUUGCUUGGCAACUGUGAAAGGUCAGGAGCUGAGGGCUGGCCAGAAGGAGCCCAGACUACUGACACUUAUUGAGCGCAGUGGAGAGUUUAUAUUGGGAGUUUUAGCCAACCCUGAUGCUGUUGUGUCUCGUCCAGUGGCUCAGCUGAAUAUACCCAUCAAUGGUAACUUUGAAAUUGUGCGAGAGGCUGAAGAGGCUCUUCUUAUUAACUUCUCAGUAGAUUCCUGCGUCAGGAUACGAGUCAAAGGAGAAAAAGCCCCAGAGCUGCUGUUAGAACUGCAGGAUGAUGAUCGGACCCAGACUUUCUUAACGCAGGUGAAGAGCGCUCAGCAACAAGUUGAAUCCAAACUCAAGAAAACCAAAGCAAUGGAGCCCCUCGCACCAACAGCCCUCAGAGGUCCAGUCCCCAUCCCACCACAAAGAGCAAACAAGACGGCUAACUCUGUGGGCUCUGGAGUCAACCCACCCAAAUCUACCAGUGCACUGCCUCCUAAUCUCAACAACAGCAGGGCAACAAUUCAGACUAACACAGAUCCAGUUCAAUCACUUGCCUCAGACUUUGGCUUUGAGGACAACUUCAACCACGCUCUCAAAGUGGAAGAAAAGAAGAACCACCAGAAUCGCAUAGUUGCCGCAAGAGAACCUCCUCCUGUUCCCCCUCUACCUCCUCGCAAAGCCUCCUACACUCCAUCCAAUCCUCUGCCUCCUCCACCAAUCCCCAAGGACAGAGCCGUCUCUCUGCAGACCAAAGACAGCUCCAGACCAGAUAGUUUUAGGUCAGGGUUUGACCGCGUGGACAGGCCAACAUCUUGGUGCGAAAGCCCGACCACCAACAGCAUGAGACAGGCCAUGUUCUCCAGCCAGGCAGGACAAAGAGAAUACCUCAUCAAACACCGCCUGGGUAAGAAGGAGAGCGAGUAUGUGGACAUCCGCGAAUUCAAGUUUUUCACAGGUACGUGGAAUGUGAACGGCCAGUCUCCAGACAGCAGCCUUGACGCGUGGCUCUGCUGUGACACAGACCCUCCUGAUAUUUAUGCUCUGGGUUUUCAAGAAUUGGACCUGAGCACUGAAGCUUUCUUCUACAUGGACUCGUCCAAGGAGCAGCUGUGGGUGGAAGCUGUGGAGAGGAGCCUGCACCCUAAAGCCAAGUACAAAAGGGUUCGGAUCAUACGUCUAGUUGGGAUGAUGCUUGUGGUCUUUGUCAAAAAGACUCACAAGAAUCACAUAAAAGAAGUGGCUGCAGAGCACGUGGGGACGGGAAUCAUGGGAAAAAUGGGGAACAAAGGAGGCGUGGCAGUGAGGUUUGUUUUCCACAACACUAGCUUUUGUAUCGUCAACUCCCAUCUAGCAGCACAUGUGGAAGACUUUGAGCGUCGCAACCAGGACUAUAAAGACAUCUGUGCUCGCAUGACCUUCCACUUACUGGACCACCCCCCUCUUACUAUCGUCAAGCACGAUGUAGUAAUCUGGCUCGGGGAUUUAAACUACCGUCUGUUCUUGUACGAUGCUGGCGAGGUCAAACAGCACAUUUCUCUGAAUGAGCUGAAAAAGCUUCAGGAAGUCGAUCAGCUGAACAUCCAGCGGCAGACGAAGAGAGCCUUCACAGACUUCAUGGAGGGAGAGAUCAACUUCAUUCCCACAUACAAGUACGACCCCAAAACGGAUCGGUGGGACUCAAGCGGGAAGUGCCGUGUCCCGGCUUGGUGUGACAGGAUCCUGUGGAGGGGCAAUGAUGUCAAGCAGCUCAAAUACCGGAGUCACAUGGAGCUGCAAACUAGCGACCAUAAGCCUGUCAGCGCUCUCUUCAAUGUCGGGGUGAAGGUGGUAAAUGAGCAGCGCCACAAAAAGGUGUUUGAGGAGAUUGUUCGGGCGAUGGACAGAAUGGAGAAUGAUUGCCUUCCAUCUGUAACGCUGAGCAGAAGAGAGUUUAUAUUUGAAAAUGUGAAAUUCCGGCAGCUUCAGAAGGAGCGCUUCCUGAUAACAAAUGACGGGCAGGUCCCCUGUCACUUUGCCUUCAUCCCCAAACUCAAUGACUCGCAGUAUUGUAAGAAUUGGCUCCGUGCCGAGCCAAGCGAUGGAUUCUUAGAGCAGAAUGAGACCCUGGAGAUCUAUCUGGAGGUGUAUGUCAGCAAAGACUCGGUGACACUGCUGAACUCCGGAGAGGACGCCAUAGAGGACAUCCUGGUGCUCCAUCUGGACCGUGGCAAGGACUACUUCAUUACCAUCUCUGGCAACUACCUGCCCAGCUGCUUUGGCACCUCACUGGAGACCCUGUGCCGCAUGAAGAAGCCCAUCAGAGAGAUCCCCAUCACCAAACUAAUUGACCUGGGAGAGGACAGCUACAUGGAAAAGGAAAAGUCAAAGGUGAGCUUCCUGAUGGUGGACGGUGCAAGUACUGAGGACAAACCUCUAAAGAUCCCCAAGGAAGUUUGGAUUCUUGUCAACCAUCUCUUCACCAAGUCCUGUGAUCAGGAGGACUUGUUCCAGACACCAGGCCUGCAGGAGGAGCUGCAGAGCAUCAUCGACUGUCUGGACACCAGCAUCCCAGACUCCAUCUCUGGUUGUAAUCACUCUGUAGCCGAGGCUCUGUUGAUCUUCUUGGAGGCCUUACCGGAGCCAGUGGUGUGUUACGAACUCUACCAACGGUGCCUAGAAUGCGCUCAUGACAGCCGCCUCUGCAAACAGUUGAUCUCGCAGUUGCCCCGGGCUCAUCGCAACGUGUUUCGCUACUUAAUGGCCUUUCUGAAGGAACUUCUCAAGCACUCACACAACAACAACCUAACAGCCAGCCUCAUAGCUACACUCUUCGCCAGCCUCCUUAUCCGACCGCCACCCAACCUGAUGGGCAGACAGACACCACUCGACCGGCAGAAAGCCAUCGACUUCAUCCUGGGUUUCCUUAUGGCAGGAGACGAGGAGUAACCGAGGUCAGUGGUGCCUCGUGACGUCAGCCAGGUUCGGAGCUGAUUCCUAACCUGGCUUCCUGCUGGCAAAGGACCUGGACUUGUAGGACACUGUGUGGUGUUUUGUCAUCUAUUGGAGACCAGUGCAGCCGUUUUGCACCCUACCUUCUCACAAACUCUCAUGUUCGAGGAACUCAAGACUUCCAUUAGAACUGUGAUGAUUUUACCAAGUGUCAUAUCUUCAGUUUGUUCACAGUACGACCACUCGCUGGAUUGGGAAGCACUUGGGAGACGUUUGAACUGAUGCCUUUGCACUUUCUGAUGACCUAAAGGCCCCGUGGCUUUAAAACACGAGUCGCCCUAAGCUGACACUUCUUAUUGUAGGUGCUCAUGCCAAAAUAACCCCUGAACAGUGAGUGGUAUGAAUGUGAAAACACUAUGUAUCCAUAGAUGCUAAGAGAAAGACUCGACUACACUAAAGAAAAGGAACUUCCUGAAGUUUUAAGAAGUAGACUGAAUAAAGUAUAAAGCAUUAGAUAGUGGGAUAAUUGUGGAAAUGUAUCACUAAGAAUGUUUAAGCUUAAGAUAAAUCAUGACAAUCAUCCAUUUUAUCUGAGGGGACAAUAUGAUCGAUAUCUUCAAGAACUAUUUGUUACCAUACUCAUUGUAUUUUAACUGUUAUUUAUACAUCUCUUCUAAGUUUGCACCAUGUGAACAGAUCCUGGUUCCCACUACAGUAUGGUUUAUUUUCAGCUCUGCAUUGGUUUUAAAAUAUUCAUCGCUUGUUUUUAUCAUCCUGUUAUAGAAAACUGUGUUGUGAUGAAUGUGUGCUGUUUUUACGUGACUCCAGCCGUGAGCCUUACAUCUCGUUUUGCCAGUUCCUCUUGAGUUACAAAACAAGUCUGUUAACACACUAACUUCCUGGUCAACCGGAAUCGAGUGAAGAGUCACCCUCUGUGGUUCUCGAUGUCUUAAAUGGUUGUAAAUAGUGAUCGUUUCCCUGUUUCAUGGGUAUUUGACUGUCGGUACAGUGGUGCAAAUCUGUGAUGGUGUGUCCUGUUUGUCAUGAAGGUGGAACUGUUAAUGUCUGUGUUCGUUUACAUGUCUCUCUCCUCACUUCUGCCGCAUCUUAAAGCUCAUUUUUCGUUGUUUGAGGCCUGUGUGAUGCCAAGACACAGCCACCAUGUUCCUCAUGGUAUACCCAGAUGAGUAAUACUCUUGUUUUAAGUGAUGCAGCACUUUCUGGGUGCAGGAUUUAAUGGCUCAUUACUCUGCAGGAUACAGCCUGUCUUUGUGCACCUUUCUCAUUUGUGCCACUGAGGACCUUUUUUUUCUGCAGUCGCUGUUGCAAAACAUGUCACAGUUAUUGAAAUAAGGAACUUCUCUGCUGUGUAUAAUGAACACUUAUUUCCUCUUUUACAGUUUUACCCAAGAGAUGUCAGCAUUAUCUUUCCCAGUCGACAAAAAGAUUCACAUUUAUGACAUUAAUUUCCCUUCGCUCCUGUAAUGUAGUGAAAAACCCCCAGAAGUUUUCUUUCUGAGGUGUUGCAGGAACUUCAGAAGAUUAAACAUUUGGAGACAAUGUGAUAACACUGACAAUCAUGGCGUUCGUAGAAAUGCCUGUCGGGCUGAUGUUGCUCUAUUCUUGCGUAAUUUCUUCUGCCUUAUUGCCAUCAAUACACUAGAUUCCUCUGUUGGUCUCAAUCAAGCCGAGCUUUGCCAAACGCUGGCUUCGGCCUGACGCUGUAGUUCCUGGUGAUUCAGAUUUGGGAGAGCCAUUUUACACUAGCCAUUCCUUCAUUCACUUUGUCUUCAGAAAUACUAUCCUCAUGAUGUCAAACGCAAAAUCAAUAUGAACAGUAACCUCUUAUUUUAAGUGUUGUCUUCUGCCACUGUACCAGCUGAUGUAUUUGUGUGGAUCCAUUGUGCUUCUCGUCUUCAGUUUUGUCACAAUCUGUUCAUAAAAUUAAGGUACGUGUAAAAGGUACACGAGGAAACACUUGCACCUGUUUUCAACUUUUAAGAUUUUUGGUGCUUUUAAUUUAUUUAACAGAAAUAAAACUAUGUACAAAGCUG